AUGGACCUUGCUGUACUGGCCGGUGUCAUAUUGGUGGCAUUGAAAGGACUCCUGCAACAAUUCAAACGACUAAAGGAGCUGUGGAUUAUAUGCAAGCCAGAUGCUGUGGUCUGGCUAGUCACUUGGUCUGGGGUGGUAUUCCUGGGUAUUGAUACUGGACUUGCAAUUGGUAUUGUUGUUGCUCUUCUCAUGGUUAUCAUCAGAUCUGCCAGGCCUCGUUAUCAAAUUCUAGGUCAAGUUCCUGGAACAGAAAUAUAUCGUGACAUCCGCCAGUUCCCUGGGGCAGAGGAAAUUCCUGGAAUCAAGAUCUUUCGUUUUGAGUCAGCAGUAUUUUAUGCUAAUGCUGAAUACUUCCGUAAUGCCCUCAUCCAGAAGAUUGGCAUGGACCCGCUUGUCGUAAACCGCCAUAUGAUGGGCUCAAGCCAGACUCUAAAUAAACCAUCCAGUCCUCAGAACCAUGAGAAGGCAGAUAGCAGUGAGACAGUUGUAACAUUCCGCAAGAAGAGCGGUGAUGAUGCUGUUAACAUAUUACCUGAGAAUACAGUGACACCUUCAAUACCGAAUGGUGAUGCUCAAAUAGAAAAUGGCACAGAUCUCUCAGACGUAGAGCCUGAAGUGAAACCAGGCAAAAUCCACACCAUUAUUAUUGACGGCAGCACCUUCAACUUCAUAGACACACAGGGUGUCAACACCCUUAUAAAGCUUGCCAAGGAAUUUCAGAGAAUCAAUGUCAACUUCUACCUUGCAAGCUGUCGCCAUAGCAUCCGUGACAUGCUGGAUAAAGCACACUUCACUCGUGAUGUUGGAAGCCAUCAUUUGUUCAUAUCUGUCCAUGAUGCUGUUAUUCAUGCGCUCAUGCCAGAGCAAGAAGUCCUGAGUCUCGCUUCACAAGCUAGCCUUGAAAAUAUUGACAAUGCGCAACCAUCAUUACCACGGCCACUCAGAUCACCCACCAACCUGGCUUACAACAGCACAGAGAGGCAAAAGCUUCUGGCAAAUUCAGCAGACCAAGAAGUGUUCAAGGAAAGCUCGGUCUAG